AACUCGCAGAAAAAAGGAAAAAACUGAGAAGCCCAGAGUAGACCAGCGCAGAUGGAUGUCUCUUUCUCGUGCUCUUUUUUUUAAAGAGGAGAGCCCAUUUGACUUUGGAAAGCUCGUUGUGACAGGUCUCUACUGGUGCGCCUGUGUGGUCCUGUGUGAGAAACCUGCUUCGUGAUUUGUGAGCGUGCGUGAGUGUAUACAAGACUGGCCUCCCUUGCUGCUCAAUCGCUGGACGGUAUCCUGGAGAGCAAGUAGCAGAAUGAAGACACAGAAAUGUGCUGGACUUCACAUGUUGUUACUCCUGUAUGUCAGACUGAUGCUGGCCGUGGACGCCUACAGACCCCAGAGAGACAUAAACCAGGAGAGGUGGGAACAGGAACUGAGGGAAGCUGGGAGUCUGGAUGAGCUUCUGAUGUUGACUGAAUACCCCGACUGGAAGCUGUGGAGAUGCAGACUCGAGCUGAAGCACUUUGAAUAUGCCACUCCGCCUGAGAACCGCAGGUCAACACGCUAUGCUGCCACAUCAUUCAGCCCAGAGAUGCUAAAAGAUAUUGAUGACGAAUGGCAGAAAACACAGUGUAUGCCCAGAGAGACGUGUGUAGAUGUGGCUAAAGAGCUGGGCACCAACACGGCUGUGUUCUUUAAGCCCCCGUGUGUCUCUGUCUUCAGGUGUGGCGGCUGCUGCAACAAAGAAGGAGUUACCUGCCGUAAUACAAGCGUGACUUAUGUCAAUAAAACUAUUUUGAGUGUGAGUCUGGCUCCGUAUAAAUCUGGACCAGAGCCUGUGCUGGUGAAAAUUGCCAAUCACACUGAGUGUAUGUGCCAGGAACACGCACUGAUUCGCAGACAUGUUCGUGAGAAGCACAAGAAGAGUUGCUCUCCUACACGUAAGCCAGAAGACAAGAGGCUAUGCAACAAAGGUUUAAUAUGGGACUGGAUGGCUGAGCGAUGUGUGACGUACCCCUCCAGUAAACAAGCUGCAAGAGAGAAAACAAUGAUGAACACAACGCCCGGACAAUCUCCUGCAUUUGCCAGUGCAGAGACUGCAAAACACCAUUUAAUUUAUUUAUCUCUCUAUUUAUAUCAAAUAAAAAUACUUUUAUUAACAUUUAUUCACACAUCUCAUUAGUAACAUGGCAGCGAUAGCUUUCUAAAUAUAAAAACAAUGCUGCUUUUCCUGUCUGAACACAUGAAAAAUUAUAUCUGAGGAAAUGUCUCUUUUGCACUGAAGACAACGUUUCACCCUAAAGAAUGUCUGUGGAAUUUCUUAGAUGUAAUUUAUAUUUAAAGCAGGUAUAUUUAAGUAUAAAUUAUAAUUUGUCAAAUUAUUCCCUAUGGAUUCAUCCACGUCAUGUUUCCAUGGCACAAGAGGACUACAGUACAUGUGGGAUGGUGUACAGAAGUACUUCAUUACUUGACAUUCAUUGAGAAAAUGGCCAGGCCUCUGUUUAAGUUGAUGUUUUCACCACUGAGCAUGCUGCCAACAAUAAAAAAUUAUGUA